GUUCAGUUGUUCGAUGGUCGUCUUUAACGAGGCGCAUCUUUCUUCUAAACUAGCUGCCGUGCGGCUCUGGGCUUCAGAUCUGUCAUGUAAUUUCUGAAAUAAUUAUACGACAAUCAUCUGCAGACGCUGCAAAUCUCCUUCUAAAGACAUACGUUGUAAUUCCAACUUGGUGGAACGUGCUUCAUUACGACCUAAUUCAUCCUUUUCAGGGAAUUCAACGCGAUGAGAGCUAUUCAGGAUGAGAUGCAGGAAAUGAGAUCGAAAUUAUCCACCGUUGUCGAAACGCUUUCAAACGUAGUGGACACUCUCGUCAAGUCUAGCAAGGAUGAGGACGAAAAAAGUGACGACGAAUCCGCUCAGCCACAAAAUUUGACACAUGAGAAAGCUGUUCAAUUCAAUGAGCGAAAAAUCAGACCGCGUAAUUCCGACCGAGCCGGAUUCUGCUGCUUCAAAUCGCACUCUGUGAAAAGUCGGGACAGUGACUCCGAUUAUUAUAGACCACGACAAAAUCUUACUCCUGAUUCAAAAUCUCAUAAUAGACGUUCCGAACCAGACGUUACCGAAGAUCGAAUUCCACCCGAAAUCAAAUCAAGUUCAGAAAGCAGCGGUUCCAUAGGGUGUCAGAAUCUGACCGCGUGUCAUUUUCUGCAACGAUUACUGUAUCGUGCAAGAUUAUUGUUUUUUUAAUACACCUGAACUUGAUAAAUAAAAAUAACUUUA